AUGUUUCUCUAUUGCACGCACAGAUGGUCAAUCAUAGCAGCUCACCUGCCAAAGAGAACAGACAAUGAGAUCAAGAACCAUUGGAACACCAACAUCAAGAAAAGACUCAUCAGAAUGGGCUUAGACCCCAUUACCCACAAACCAAUUAAACCCAACACGUUUGAAACUUAUGGUGGUGUUCAUGACCAGUCCAAGGACACCAUCAAUAUUUGCCACGUGGCUCAAUGGGAGAGUGCUCGACUUGAAGCUGAAUCCAGAGGAUCUAUGUUGCAGGUUGGAUCUGGAUCCUCACAUCUCCCUAGGUUAAUUUUAAGCAAAAUUCCAACUCAAACUUGUCUUUCAUCAGAUUCACUGUCAACCGAACACAAGACAGUGUACAACAUGUAUGCCCUCGUGCUUGCUACAAAUCAUGAUUUUCAGUCAUCUAUAUCCACUCUGAGCAUUCCCAUGCUUCCUGAAGGUUCUAAUAUUCGACAAAUCACGAACAGAGAAAGUUUACUUUCAUAUAAGGGUGAUAACAACGUCAUGGGAACUAGUAGCCAAAUUCAAAAGGAAAUGGAAGGUUUUGAAUCAAACUUAAAAGAUGAUGACAUUAUGGUGGCUGUGGAAGCAUUUAGAACAGCAAGGUCUGAGAGUAUUCAAGAACUGUUUAAUGAAUCAACUUCCAUAGAAGGUCUAAUAUAA